AUGACCGAGAAUCUGUAUACCAGCUGCCCAGAACUGGCUUCCUCGGAUCCGUACCAUCACUCCUUCAAUGAUUUCGGCUCGGCAGUUCCUCUCUCGCCCCCGUCGGAGAUCAGCUCACCCGAUCGGAUGCCUGCUACAUGCAGCAAUCUCAUCUCCGGUCAUUCAAGGAAAGAUCUAAUCUCCGAAAUGUCCGCUGAUGCUGCUGCUGCUGUUGAGCAUCGUCACGGGCACUCCCUCGCUAGCCGGGCGCAGCCCUCCGAUCAGGAGCAAAGCGAGUUCAAUGCUUGCGCCAUCCGUCUGACUUCCCAGAGUGAGAGUCCGGUUCAAUUUUCCAUUCCAGUCGAGGAGAUGGAUCCUCCCACUGGACAUCCUCAGGGCUAUCUGGCCCUCGGGAAAAUUGAAACCAAGAUUCUCAGUCAGAGCACCCUGCCUCAAAAGACCAGUGCAAAUUCGGGCUUCAUGGACCAAGUGGUACCCGAAUCUGGGAUAUUCAGUCAGGGGACGUCUCUGCUUCUGGAUGACAGUGUGUCUUCAUCGGCUGUCGGGGAUACGCAAUGGCUAGCGUCCACAGCGUUUGAUACGGACACGACCCUCUACACUGGCUCUGAGCCCCUGGUGCCCAGCCCGUUGUCCAUGCCGGAGAUGACUUGGGCACAGGACAAUCUCCUUGCCCUUCCGCCUGAAGAGACAAUGCCUUUUGUGGCCGGCGAGGAACCGCCGCAUGAGAGUCUAACAAACGGCCUGCCUAGGCUGAUGAUUCCCACCGACUAUGCAUCUGAGUCUCUGCCGGUGCGGGGACGAAGUCCCAUCAUCACCAUUUCUGCGACCUCGCGAGGAGACUCGCCAGAUGAGCACGUGCCCGAGGCGGCUCCCAGUCGGCUAUUGCUGUCACCCACUGGCCACGAUGAGGAGAUCGAUGGAUAUGAAAACCGCGAGAAUGACCACCACUCCCCCUACUCCACGCCCGUCGAUUCAAUCCACAGCGGUAGUCAUGCACAGGCUUCCGCAAGGAUGCGGCACGGCCUCGACCCUUUUUCACGAGGGGACGAAUACGGACCGAGUCCCAACGAGAUCGAUGCUCAAAACAAACAAGAUAAAAAGAAUAAAGAAGUUGGCCAGUGGACAGAGACUGUCUCGAUCUGCGCCAACGAUGCCGAUGAGAUGUUUCCGGAUUCACCGAGAGGUCGUCCAAAGGUAUCGAGUCGUAUACGCGCUCUCAGCACUGGCGAUCGCCCCUUCCAGCAAGCCGAUUACUUCAACUUGACGGAAAGCCAGCGGUUGAUUGUGGGUCCCGGCUUGAUGGUGCACGAGAGUAGCGACGACGGGGUUGCAAGCGAGGACGACUCGGACAGUAGCUCAGCGCGAUACUCUCCCCCAAUGCCCGUUGGCGAUCUUCAAGGGGAAGAUCAACCUCCUCUAGUGGUAGCUUCGCCAGAGCUUGUUGCUUCCCCGGAAGAAGCAUUCCCGAUGUGGCAGCAUGAUGCGCCGCGGGAGCCUCUGCACGAGCCGGUAAGGAAACAGCCUCAGACUUCAGCAUUUGCCAUGGCCAAAUUUCAGGAAUAUGCAAGAGAGCAAGAUGCAGCUUCCAUCACGGCAACGAUCGAUGCCGACAGCAUCCGAAACCUGAGCAUAAGCUUGGAGCAGUCUCUGAGGUUUCCGCAAGAGACAAAAAGGAAGAGCAACAGCUGGAGCAGCAACUUCUUUUCCAAACGUGGCGUCCGAAGUAGCGUCCAGCACGCACAUGAAAAAUUAAAACGACAAGCCUCGGAUUUGUCACUGGCAAGCGCGACCCCUGCUGAUCCAACUGUGGACACGGGGCUCGCCAUGCCCCAGCGAAAAGAGAGUUCUGGUUCCAGCUAUCGACAUCGAUUGAGUUUAGCCGGCAGGCACUCCCCAAGGCCGCAUUCUCGUUCUCCGAGCCUCACGAGUGCGUUAAUGUCAAUGACGGGGCAGAUGGCUGCGGUUGGAGGCAGCCGCUCUGUUCAAGCAGCAUCGCCUCAGCCGGAUACUGUUCCGAAACUCUCCACGGCCAAAUGGAGCCGAGAUCGUGCCAAAAGCGAAUUGCCACGACCGAGCACGCCAGGGUUAUUCAGCCUAAUCAAAACUUAUGGAGGUCCGCCCGUCGCCAGCUUGGCGAGAUUCCAUAAGGCAGACCUCCAUUCCGCGGACACGAAAGCAGACCUGGUUCCUAAAGCCGAGAUGGCAGAUGCUGAGGAUCACGAGGAAAUCGACCCCGGCAAGGAUGAAAAACAUGUGAUGGACUUUUCAAUGCCGCCCACAUUGCCCGUGCCAAGCAAGGAUGGCUUCAAGUCACAGAUCAUGCAGUUGAAUCCGCGACUAAAUUCGUGUCUGAUCGACCGCUUUGCUGACGAGCAGGUUCGUCGGUACCGUAAACUGGUCGAGUUCCAGCAAAAGCAUGCCGCCGCGAUUGCCAAAGGCUCCUGUCAAUCGGGUCCUUUCUGCUUCGCGCUGGGUGGACGAGCAGAAUUGCUGCCUCUGCGUAGAAACGCUGCUGAUGGGGAAAACGGCCAUGUGCAGUUUCGUGUGGUGCAUGAUCAUGACCCAUCUCUCGGCUCGAGCGAAGGGGCAGUGGCGGCAGCUCAAUUUCCCCCUGGCGUACCCCUUCCGCCUGUUUCUCGGUUGCCAGCUCGAUUUGAGUGCCCGGUUUGCUUCCAAGUGAAAGAAAUCCACAAACCUUCUGACUGGUCAAAGCACAUCUACGAGGAUAUACAGCCGUUUACGUGCACGUUUCCCGAGUGUACCGAGCCAAAGUCCUUCAAACGCAAGGCCGACUGGGUUCGUCAUGAAGGUGAACGACACCGUCAACAGGAAUGGUGGACCUGUUCAAUGAAGGAGUGCUCGCACAAAUGCUAUCGAAAAAACAAUUUCAUCCAGCAUUUGGUACGAGAGCACAAGUUGGGAGACGACAAGACGGUCACGAGCAAGAUGUGCCGAGACUAUGAUGGCUCUGUGAAAUCGAUCGAUCAGUUGGUUGAGGAAUGUAAGGGAACCGCGGACCAGACCCCAGAUAUGGAGCCUUGUCGGUUCUGUGGAAAUCACUGUGGCACAUGGAAAAAAUUAACGGCGCAUCUGGGGAAACACAUGGAGCAAUUGGCUAUGCCGGUCUUGCAGUUGGCCAGGCAGAUUGGCGGCGCCUCGUAUCCGACGAUCCAGGCGCAGGACGAACACGUUCUUUCCUCGUCAAACUCGUUUGAGAAAGUGGUUGACAGCAGUGGCGGCAACAACAACAAUGCUGCGGCCGAUCCCUUCCCAGCUCAAGUCGCGGUGCCACCGCAGUUUCACGAUCUUACCCCAUCCGCCCAGGCUUGCGUCUACUCUGUGGAUGCUCCUAGUAUCAGCUACACGAGCAUGACUGGCGGCGAUAUCCUGAUGGAGCCCGAGCAGAUGAUCGACACCCUGCAGCCGAAUUCCCAAUUUGGUGAUCAGUUCGCUGCCACGGACCUGUAUAAUGCAGGCCACACCCAGCCUACAGCCACGACAUCCGCCACAUUGAAUGCCCCAAGCCACGCACAUUCCAAUCUUCAUGCCCAUGCCCUUGCCAACGCCCACGCUCAACUUCAGCCCCCCUUCCGACCGCCCCAUCCCUCACAUCGAAUGUCUGUCUCGUAUCCGCCUCUGUACCCGCCAAGAUCACCGGGUCCAGUGAUCACUCCAAAUUCCUAUUCCGUCACUUCCCAACUGCCGCCCCAGGCGCAGCCGAUGCAGCCGGCCCCCGCUUCGGCGGUCAUGGGGUUGAGCUCGGUUUAUGAAGUCCAGCGGCAAGAACAGAGCGGGUAUCCAGCAUACCAACCAAUGGUUCCGACCAACUCGUACGUACAUGUGCACGGACAGUACGGGUCGGGAAGUCAUUCCUCGCAGAUGGGAUAG